CUCCGUCCAUAUUGGAUGCGUUGAAGUGCGUUAUUAUGCUUCUACGAGAGUACGGCGGGCACAGGCGGAGGCACGGCCCGGCGGCGGCGGCACACUCGCCGCCGGACCGCCCGGCGCCGCGCACGUAUCGCCGCAUGCGAGCACGCAACUUACGCGCCUCCAGUGACAAACUCGAAACAUGUGCUAAGUGACCACUCCAAAAUGAAGGGCCGACAUCAAUUCCGACGCAGGUUCAGCUUGCAACCGUCAUUUUUAAAGGAAGAACACGAAGACGAAAGGAGGCCCCACAGGACCGAGCGUACAGAAGAGACAGUGCCCAGUAGCGCCAACCUCACCAACAAUGCAGUGCGCCAUAAAAUUGUCGUGCUAGGGGCCGCUAAAGUUGGCAAAUCGUCACUGAUAACACAAUUCCUCUACAACACGUUCUCUCCUAAGUACAAACGAACAAUCGAGGAGAUGCACCAUGGAGACUUCAAUGUCGCUGGAGUUAGAUUGACAUUGGAUAUUUUAGACACAUCAGGAGCUUAUGAAUUUCCUGCCAUGAGGGCUUUGUCUAUGCAAUCCGCGGAUGCCUUCAUCCUAGUAUACGAUAUCACGGAUUCUGACAGCUUCGCAGAGGUGCGGACGUUACGGGAUCAGAUUCAUGAGACGAAAGCCAGCACGGCCGUGCCAAUAGUGGUGGUGGGGAACAAGGUAGACCUAGCGGAAACAGGAGCAAGACAGGUUGAUUUCCACACAACCGAGUCCGUAGUCACCGUCGACUGGGAGAACGGUUUCGUCGAGGCUUCAGCCAAAGACAACAUGAACGUGUCCCAGAUCUUCAAGGAGCUGCUGGUGCAGGCCAAAGUGAAGUACAACCUGUCCCCGGCGCUGCGCCGGCGCCGGCGCCAGUCCCUCCCCACCGGGCCGCAGGGCGCGCCGGGCACUCCCCCCACCACCGCCCCCCACGUACCUUCGCCCGCGCAGCUCGCGCACCUUCAACAGAUUAGAGAACGGCAUGCUAACAGCAAACGCAACUCUUGCGUCAUUUCUUAAAGUUUGAAACCAAUUUGUAGGCUCUCAAUUUUAAUACAAAGUGUGGUUACGUGGUAACUACCUCAAAAAGGUUCUUCACCUGUCAUGGCCUUUAUUGACAACGUUUGUCGCCGUAAAUCACAAAUACCUACGUUUGUCUGGGUAACGACUUUUCAAAACCAUUAAUUACCUUAAAAUUGAUUUUCAUUUGGACGUCCAUUGUAUUAUUACCUAAUCGUGAAUUUAAUUGUAGUCCCCACGAGGUGUUGGAAACUUUUGUUCAACGGCGAGAGUUUACCCCUUAAAAUAAAGCUUACUGCUUAUUAUCAUUUAUAAUUAUAAUUGUGUACGAUUUCAACUGCGGCUACUCAUAGAGUACUUCUGAAUGUCUGCCAAAUUAAACCAGUUUGACAACUAGUACUGGGUUCCCUCGAAUGCGGCCGCGUUACUUAUAGCAUUUACAACUGGAGAAAUAAUUUAACAAAACUUAAUAUAAAUGUUUUUGUUCAUUAAUUACUUUCAAUUAACGUUAAACAUUCUCUUUCAAUGAACUGAUUCCAAGUAAAAUGUCAGUAGGUAAGUUCCUAAGCAAUUUUAUUUAAUAUUUUCAAAACUUUAUUUAUAGUACAUAUAAUCUGUGGAUGGAAUCUUGUCUAGAAUUUAUAUCCGUAAUAAAUAACUUAAAGAUAAUACCGGUACUGCGGUAGAAAGGGUUUCCGAAUAAAUUGAAAAACAGUUACAGGAGCUACUGUUAAUAAGUGGUUUCCAAUUAUAUCAUCAGGUAUUUACGACGUUGACUGUACUUUAAUAUAAGUUUGUACCCCUAGUAGAUUUAAGCGCUGGGUGGCCUAGCGGUAAGAGCAUGCGACUUUCAAUUCGGAGGUCGCGGGUUCAAACCCCGGCUCGUACCAAUGAGUUUUUCGGAAUUUAUGUAGGAAAUAUCAUUUGAUAUUUACCAGUCGCUUUUCGGUGAAGGAAAACAUCGUGAGGAAACCGGACUAAUCCUAACAAGGCCUAGUUCCCCCUCUGGGUUGGAAGGUCAGAUGGCAGUCGCUUUCGUAAAAACUAGUGACUACGUCAAUUCUUAGGAUUAGUUGUCAAGCGGACCCCAGGCUCCCAUGAGCCGUGGCAAAAUGCCGGGAUAACGCGAGGAGGAAGAAGAAGACCCCUAGUAGAUUUAAUGUAUCUGUAAAUCAAGGAACUAACUAUAUUCUUACUGCCCAGUACCACUGGUAAAUUUUGAAAGCACAUCAAAAAAACUGUAAUAUUUGUUUUUCCUGUAAGACAAUGUCCAAUUCAAUUCCCCUGUUUAAAAGUAAAAUACAUUCUCAUUAUAAUGUUGUAAUAUGUCUAAUAACGCCAACGCCAAGCGAAAUUUUUACGUAAGUUUAGUAUAUAUUUCAGAGCAAUGGAUGUAAAAAAUACAUGUUAGAUAAGAAAGACGGUAUCUAUGACUGGAUUAUCUGUAAGUUGAAUGUACGAGUAGGAUACAGGAGCUGUAGGAGCUGGGGACCUCCAGUUUUUGUAGAGAAACAAAAAUCGACUGAAUGUAUUAUAUGAAAUACACAUCUGAAGUUUAGUGUGAUUUCUUAUCGUGAAUAGUAAGUAGUUCGUGUUGUCCUCUUGCAUAAAAAUUAAAAAUAAAAUAAUAAGUAAUCAACUUUAUAAUCAGAUGCUACAACAGCGAGAAAAGCCGUAGGUUCACAAUUGUUAUUUCGUUCGCUUAAUACGAGUACUUGUGCUUUAUCCGAAUAAUAUGAUUAGAGCAAAGCCCGGCUAUAUUAUAAUUAAAUUAACAGAUCUAGCCCUGCGCCUCAUGCAGGCAAAAGAUCGAAUCGGAGAGCGGCAAAAUCGAUGCGAUGUUAUGCGACCGUUUAUAUUUGUAAAAACGACGACUAGGUACGGGAUACGAGCAUCCCCGUAAAUUGUAUAACGGGAAUUAAUCGCGUAUUUAAGUUUUAAGAGUUACCUCCGACGUUUCUUCCCGCGACGCCUCCCGACGUUUCCCGUUUUACAAUUUAGUAAUCGUGAAAGUUUAAAUCAGUGUAUUGUAAAGUCACGCAUCGCGUCGCUUAAUUAAAAGCCCGGUAUCGAUUUUAGUCGCAAAAGUGUAAAAUUGAUAGAUUUAUAAACAGAAAUAAAUGUCAUAUAUUAAAAAAAAGUGACAAAGCCCUCCACUGGUCCAGUGGUGCAUCUAUUUCAGUUUAUAAUUUAUAUGUUACUACUUAUAAAUUAUAAACUAGCACUACUAUGUUACUACUUAAAAAAACAAAUCAAAAUAUUUAAUAAAAUGAUUAGACCUUCGGUUACCGCGAUAGUUAUUCAUGAAAUAAAACUGUGAAAACGGAUUAUAACGCGUAUAUAAUUUAUAAUACAUCCCGACGUUUCGAACCUUCACAGCGUUCGUGGUCAACGGGUGACUAAUAAAUUGAAAAUAAUUUAAUUUGUUCCCAAAGUUGUUGAUAGAUUUAGUCUGUGAAAUUGUACACCUUUUGUUACCUAAUAGAAAUAACAAGUACUGGUUUAUAUUAGCACAUCUUCUCAUCUUGCCGUUUAAUAGUUUUUUUUUUGAAAACAGACUAUAUUUGUAAUGUUUUUUUUUAAUGGACGUUUAGGUAAACGCGCGUAAAGCACUGAUUUGAAAAAUGUAGUCUAUUAAAGGUGGAGUAUAAGACCGACUUAUUUGUAAAUUUCGUAAAGUUUCGACUGCUAAAAAUGGUAAUUUUGUAUUACACAUAUCCUAUAGAUACUCCACAUUUAAUAGACUACAUUUCUGUUAUUAUGACUUAGAAGUAGUGUAAAUGAAAGUUAGACGAAAUCAAAUUUCUCCAGAAAUUACUUCAAAACAACUGACAAUUUCUCUGAAAAUCGACAUAAUUUCAACGUAAUUUUGAUACUUAAACAAUAAACCACAUUUGCUGAAAUUGUUCUUAUACAUAAUUUUGUAUAACUUACCACCAUAAUUUUCUGAUGAAUUUUUAAAAACUGCCCCUUCUUCUGGUCAAACCAAAUUGUCAGUAAAUAAAAACAAAAAAAACUAUAAGUACUCAUCCUUUUCUUUUAGUGUAAGACUAAGAUAGUACGAUUCUCUUUGUCUAUGUUUGAAAUGAGACAGUUCUUUGAAAAACUAUAUUACCGGUGACGCACGCUCGCGACCUCAUUAUUAAAAUACAAGAUCAGGAGACGUGCUAAUAGAAACCAAUACUUGUUAUUUAGAUAUUACGUAACAAAAGGUGUACAAUUUCAACGACUAAAUCUAUCAAUUUUAAUUUUUGCUCUAAAAUCGUUACCGGGCUCUUAAGACAAAGCUAAUCGCUGGUGACUGCUGCAGUGUCAUUUCGUUCAUUUUCCGGCUGCACCUUAAUUCAAUAACCUUAACAUACCGUUACGUUGAUACGUUGCUGUUUUAUAAAACUUUUUUGUCAGGUGUUUUUUUUUAUAUCUAUGCUAUGCUAUGCGACACAUUUAAUUUUACUUGUUGCAUAAUUGCAUAAUGAGUUAAAUUAAUUGACGAUAUGGGUGAGCUUUUACUACAUUCCAGAAAUUGACCGUUAGCCAUAAUUUCUAGUUGUAUUAACUAAUAUUGAUACUAGCUCCCACAUAAAUGGGUUUAACUUUGUACGUUACAUGUCAAAUCGAUCGUAAUGUAGGUAAAUUGGCGUGUCGGAUGACAUGGUACGCAUCAUGCAAAGCUAUGUUCCCUUGGAUGUCCGACCGCGAUAUCGACCAAUAGAGAUUCAACAAUAAAAACAUUGCAAACAUGCAACAACCGGGAUGCAUAUUCUGAAACUCAAAUAUAUAGAUGUGUGUAAAAUAUGCAACCAAUUUUGUGAAAUAUUUGCAAUUGCUGCCCGCAACUUUGUCCGUUUACUUAAAUGGCGCUUCCAUAGAAACGUUGGUGAUAAUUUUCAGGACAAAUACAAAUAAUCUAUAAGUAUCUAUGAAUCUAAGUUAAUGUAUGUUAUAAAAUUUGACGUUUUAUUUCUGAAUAACCGUGGAUCGCGGGCCUGGCGAACAAAUAAAUAUUUACGCAUGUACACUCGUGGUAUUUACCAUAUUUUAUAUUCUAAUAGAUACGCCCCGGUGUCUUUUAGUAAGUUAUUAUAUUAAAACAAUCACUGUAUUGGAAUAUUUUUAAAAAGUGUGGCCACCCUAUAAUAUGAAAUAACUUUUGAAGUUAUGUAAUAUUAUAUGUAAAGUUCAUAUAUGUUAUUAUAUUCAAAGUUCUGUAAAUUGGUAUGGACGUGGGGUACCUUUUCUCUGCAGCUGACUACCACAAACAGCUAGCUAACAUAAGACUACAAAAAUAUAAAUGGUAAGUUAAGACCUAUCUGUCCCUUGUAACUAGUAUAAUCUACCUCGUAUUCAUCAUACAACCUACUUUAAAUUUACCUGAUAUAGUAGACAUUUAUUUCAGUUUUGUAUAAUAUUCUAUCUAAAUAGUUAAGUUGAAAUCCAUUCAAAGAAUUUAUAAAAUUAACUUAGUAUUUCAAGUUUAUUGAUGUGCCUUUUUUAACAAAAAAGGGAUCCUUAGGUUCCAGAUGUAACUGUUAAUUAUUUUCUGUUCUAAUAAAAACAUAUUUUACAUACUAAAUUAAUUUUUAACAAGCAGAAACGUCUGCGAUCGAUGCUAUUAAGCUUAGAAUAAAUUUAAAAGUGGAAAAAUUACUGCCUUGGGUGAGACUUGAACUCACGGCGGUCUCACGGUCUUUUUCCACUUUUAAAUUUAUUCUAAGCUUAAUAUUUUACAUACGUUUAAAAAAGAGCGUUCCCUUAUUUUACCGACAAACUAGGUGUUUGCCGAAUUUCAUUUCACGAAUAAAUAAAAUAAUGAGUACGUACUAGAUUUUAGCAUUUUUAUAAUAUUUAUAUUAUAUAAUAUCGCUAACUAAUUUUAUUUCAAAUAUAAGAAUUCAUCUGACAUUUUUCGUUUAGUUACAGCUGGUAAAUAUUUUGUGAAACCUUUAUUUGGAUUUUUGGAAUUACAUACCUACGUAAAAAAAUUGUAAAACGAUAGUACAUUACUACAGUGGCUGGGAAGUAAGGGGUUGCCGGCCGAAUGCAUAUAAACGGCCGCACUUUGUGAGGCCGGAUAGUUAUGAGGCCGACAACUCCUUUUCACGCCAGGGUAUGUAUGGUGUUUUUCUCAAACAUGCUACGAAAUAAAUAAAUAAAAACUUCACGAAAUAAAUGUUUUAUUUCUAGGGAAACUUAAAGUAAACACAAAAUAUUACUAACACGUAAGGGCUGUACCGAAAAAAAACUGUAAAUUUCAAACGGCUGUAAUUUUAUUUCAAAGCAAAAUGAUGACAGCUUUCUAACCGCAGUUAAAAGUCCUAUUAUUAAAUUACAUAUUCAAAUAUGGAUAAAGCUGCCACAGAAUGCGCUAGGAAAAAGCUUCUUAUCACUCCUGCAGAGACUUAAUAAUAUUAAAAAACUGAUAAUUAUUUAAUUAAAAGUAGCUUCAUAUUCUAGUAAUCCUACAUUUCAAAAAUCCUUAUCAAUUGCAUCAGUUUUUUUCAUUUGAAGUUUACAGUUUUUUUUUCGGUACACGCCUUAUAUCUUUAUCACACAUUUUACACGUCUAUUUUUUCGCCUUGUAUCCAUCUGACUGUCGUUUUAGCCACAUAGAUAAGUUAACAUAGUUUUUAUGUUGAUCUUAUUCUUUACAUACAUCGUUACCUUAGGUAAGCAUGGAGUAUAAUUCCCACAGUGGUGACGAUUUUAUAGUUACUUUCAGUGCUUUAAAAUAUGCAAAUUUGUUUUAACUGUGGGCAGUUUUCUUAGUUUUUUAAUUUAUAAAGUUACCAUUAGCAACCAAUACACUUUGCCUUUGAUUUUAGCGGCAGCAAGUUAUUUAAAGUAAAUUCUGCUUCCGAUGUCAAUUUCGUCAGUAUCACGUCUCGGGCGUGAUACUUCGCAGCCUAAUAUGAAGAACAUAAUAUCAAUAUUUCAUUGCAUGUUUGUGAAAAAUCCUUUUUCAUCACACUCGCUCAGUAAAUGUGGAAUUGCACGCAGGCUUAGCGGGAACUAUAGAAAAAGCGUUUUCCCUAGUGAGUUAUGAAGUUUCUAGUAUUAUAAUUAACAGUUUUUUGUCUUUAUACUUCAUGUUUGUAUCGCAAGUGUGAUAAAAAACAUUGUGUGUAACUCGGGGCGUAAUAAUAUUGCAAACUCGAGUCUAUAAAUCGCUCCGGCAAGCCGUCGCGAUUUAUCUAUACUCUCGUUUGCAAUAUUUAACUUACGCCCCAUAUUGCACAUGUUUAAGACGAUUGUCGGCAAAAUAAGGGUUCCACCAUAAAUAUGACAUGUAUUAAUAUAUUAUCUAACGAACUAUUUCAAGGCAAAAUAAAAAUCGACAUUAGAAUAAUAUUAUGAUGACAAUCAUUAUUAAAGCAAGGAUACAAUUUGCUUAUCUUUAUACCUACGUAUAAAAUAUAUUUCUACCACUAGAAAGCCAAUAAUAACAAAAUAUUGAUGUUUAUGAAAUAUAAUAUUGUAUGCUGUAUAAAAUACAUGAUUGUCCUAUUUAGCACUGAUGAGGAUUUGAAAUGUGUAGGGCCCUUGUAUAAUACAAUUUUCGGUAUAUUCUGUGUUUUGCAUAUAAUACUUGAAACAGAUGUUUUAAUACGACUACUUAAGGAAAUAAUACAGAAUAUUAUAACAUUGUCUUUGAAUAAACAUUAAUAUUAUACUUCA